AUGACUAAGGCAUAUAUAGAAAGAACAAGAAACGUUAGGUCAAAUUUGUGGAAUUGUUACAUCUUGCAGAAAAGAUUUUUAAAUCAGGAUACUAAUGCCGCCGGAGUUUGGGAUCCAUUUCCCGACCCAUUUCAACCUAUCGUAGAGAAAUCUGCUGAAACUGCAUUAGACGAUGAAAAUGAACCGAAAAAAAAGUCGAGUGGAUCACCAGGUGGUAGCAAGAAAAAGAAAGAAUGGCUCUCCCCCCGUGUAAUGGAUGCAGUUUUAACAACAGUGAUGGGUCUGGCCGCGGUUGGACUUGGUGGUGUAUUCUACCAACUUUGGUACGAGUGGAACGAAAUACAUAAAGUUCAAUUGGCAUUUACUCAUCACGCCCCAUUAUUGAAAUCCAGAACAAACGAAAAACAUUUUGCAAGAGAGGAACAAGAAAAGAUUAAUAAUGUUAUUGCAGGAAAAGGGGAUGAAAAAUACUUUCUACUUGUAGGAGAGAGGGGCACAGGAAAAACGCAAUCUGUAUUAAUCGCGAUGGAGAAAAUAAAUCAUUAUGGUGUUGUAUUUACUGAAGCCCACUCGGAUAGUGAAAUAUUCAAAACUAGAUUGGGUAAGGCUUUAAGAUAUACUUAUAGAGAAGAUUAUGUGGGCCAGUUAUUUGCGAGAGAAGCGCCAGAAAGAGGUUCUGCAUUGCUUGAUGUAGAAAAGGCCCUCAAUAUGGUAGAAUCUGUGGCAAUUAAAUAUAGAAAACGACGGGGUCGACCAUUAGUUAUGGUUAUUAAUAAUAUCCAUGCAUUUAAAGAUGAUGAAGAGGGUGAGGAUUUAUUGGAGCUUUUACAACAACGAGCUGAAUCAUGGGCAGCUGCAAAACUUGUGAUUAUGGUAUUUAACACCGAUGAUUAUACAGUCUAUGAACGCAUGAAGAGGGAUGCAUCUCGCAUGGAAGUUAUUAGGAUGAAUGAAUUAGAACCGAAAGAGGCGAUAAAAUUACUUAAAGAAAAACGUAAUGGCCACGAGUCUGAUGAACUUUUGGAAAAGAUAGUUGUUGAACGUAUCGGCGGACGUCUAUCAUAUAUUAAUAGAUUAUGCAAGGAGAAAGAUAUAAUGAAAACCGUGGAUAUUCUUGAGACCGAGGAAAGACAUUGGAUAACCAACAGAAUCGGACUUAUCCCGGAUUUCGAAGAGUCAGCAUUUGACGAUCAAAAAUAUGCAUUCUGUGCUUGGAAAUUGAUCAGGGCCCUAGUAAAGUCUCCAACAAAAACGUUAUCAUUAAGGGAUUGUAGAGUUGUUACCGGAAAUCCAAAGUGGAUAGAAAUGAUGGAUCACGAUAAUAUUAUAAUGAUUGAUGAUGAACAGAAUGUAAGGGCUGAUUCAAAAAUUUUGCUCAACAUCUUUGAAGAGAUUGUUAAUGAAGAAGGAUUUGAUGAGUUGUUGGAUAAUGUUGGCGAGAGAGUUGAAGAGGUUGAUAAAGAACAAAGAACAAGGGAGCUAAUAUGGAGUAAAAAGAAUGAUCAAGUAGUUAGACAUGGAAAGCCGAAAGAUGGUGCUUUUGUUGCUACUGGCGAUGAUAAUGCUGCAGGUGAUGAUAAGGUUACUACUACCAUUGCUACUACUGCAGGUGAUGAUGGCGUUGCUACUGUAGGUGAUGACGAUGCUUGUGAUGAUAAGGGUGAACCCUAUAGCAUAGAGAAAUCAGAUGACAAACGGAAUGCCCCAAAAGAAAAUACCAACUCCAAAAUUAGCAGAUCUUUAUUAAUGACAAGAAUCGGGUGGCCCAGGAAUCAGAGCUCCUGCCAGCGAGAAGUAGCUGAAGCAGUAGCAACCAUUGUGUCUCGAUGGCAGCAUAGGAAAUCCCGAAGACCUAUUUGUUAUUCUUGCUUCUUCACAGAAUCGGGUAGCCUAGGAAUCAGAGAGCUCCUGCCAGUGAGAAAUAGCUGA